AUGUACUGCUGUGACAGUGGGAGUAGAGCUCCCUCCAGUGGCUCAUUCUGCUCUGUAAAGAUCCCACCGAGGCUGCUGGAGUGUGUUCAGCUGCCGUCCUGCUGCCGGGCGUCCUGCUGCCGGGCGUCCUGCUGCCGGGCGUCCUGCUGCCGGGCGUCCUGCUGCCGGGCGUCCUGCUGCCGGGCGUCCUGCUGCCGGCCAUCCUGCUGCCGGCCGUCCUGCUGCCGGCCGUCCUGCUGCCGGGCGUCCUGCUGCCGGGCGUCCUGCUGCCGGGCGUCCUGCUGCCGGGCGUCCUGCUGCCGGGCGUCCUGCUGCCGGCCGUCCUGCUGCCGGCCGUCCUGCUGCCGGGCGUCCUGUCAGUGGGUGUGCGGCUGUGACAGCCAGACGGCGGGC